AUGCUUGACUAUGCGAAGUUUGUGAACUUCAUUCGGCCGUUCCUGGAGGGUGCGAUCAACGGCACACCCUUGACUGCGCGAGAUCUCACCAGCUGCCGCGGCGCGCCAGAUUCGGUCCUGGAGGACAUGCUGGAGGUCACCGACGAGCGCCAGGACCGGUUGCACGAGUUCGACGGAAAGUUUCAGGAGUCACUGCGCAUCCUCACCAGCAAGGCACUGGAUCGAUUUGGCAGCCUUGCACACGCCUUUCGCUACGUGGACCUGGACAGAAACUGCAACAUGACCAGGAACGAAACGGAGUACCUCUUCCGCCUUUGCAACUUGCCAGCCGAAUUGGCUGUGAAGUUCCAUGAUGCAGUUGACACGAACGGGUCCGGCGAGAUCUCACUGCAGGAGUUUCACGCUGCCCUGGCGCCUUAUCUCAGUGACGAGGACCAGAAGCGGCAGCAGCUCAAGAAAAAGAAGGACUACCUGCUGAAGCCCUACACUCCCGAGCAAGCCGAUGACGACCUGAGAUCUGCAAGCAAACGCGCGGCAAGCAAGGAGUGGAACAAACACGUGGACUUUGAGCUCAGGAACGAGCUGAGAAGGCUCAUGCAGGACGUGGGCGACAAGUUGCUCCUCAAGUUUAAGCACGUCCGAGAUGCCUUUAAACCACUGAACUUGCAGAGGCUGGGGAAGAUCACGCGCGAGGAGAUGCACAACUUCUUCCGAGGAUUUGGCCACCCUCAGGAGGUGGCGGACAGAAUAUUCGACCUUCUGGACCAGGAAGGGAAGGGGGAGAUCGAGUACUCUGUGUUCAUGUCCCACUUCGAGUCCGUGCUCGGGCGGGACUUCCGCAAUUUCUCAGAGCAGCCCCCGAUCUAUUUGGAGGAUCCCAUCAAGUGCAAGGAGGUCAACGAAACCGCUGACAGCCUGAAGCGGCGUCUGCUCACGAGGUCCAGGAACAUGAAAGAGGCAUUCCGUGCCUUGGACUCCGACCACGACGGCCAGGUCAGCCGAAGCGAGCUCCGUAUGUUUGGGAAGAAGGUCGGCGUUACCACGGAGUCCUGUGAUCAGCUCUUCGACGCUUUGGACGUGGAGGGUGUGGGCUGCGCUUCCACGCUUGGGGAGCUGGGGCUGAGGGUCCAAAGAGCAUGCAUUUCUGUGGUGCAGAGUGACCUGCUAGGCACGCCCAGGGCGGUCUAUGCAAAGCCUGUUCCCCAACCUCCGGAGCUUCUGUAG